GCCCGGCCCGGCCCGGCGCGAGGCCUUUCAAGAUGGCGGCGGCCGUAGAGCCGGAGCCGCAGCCCCUGAGCCUGGAGCUGCUGCCCACCGACCCGCUACUGCUCAUCCUGAGCUUCCUGGACUACAGGGAUCUCCUGAGCUGCUGCUAUGUAAGUCGAAGAUUUAACCAGCUAUCAAGUCAUGAUCCAUUGUGGAAAAGACACUGCAAGAAAUACUGGCUUUUAUCUGAGGCAGAGAAGACUCAGAGAAAGCAGAGCUGGAAGGCUAUCUUUAUAAGUAUUUACUCUGAUUUAGGAAGGUAUAUUCAAUAUUAUGCUACACUUAAAAAAGCAUGGGAUGAUAUAGAGAGAUACUUGGGACAGCGGUGUCCCCGGAUGAUUGGUUCUUUGAAAGAUAGUGUGCAGGAGGAAGACCUAGAUGCUGUGGAAGCACAAAUAGGUUGCAAACUCCCUGAUGAUUAUCGGUGUUCAUUUCGUAUUCAUAAUGGACAGAAACUAGUUGUUCCUGGGUUGAUGGGAAGUAUGGCACUAUCCAAUCACUAUCGUUCAGAGGAUUUAUUGGAUAUUGACACAGCAGCUGGGGGAUUUCAACAGCGUCUUGGUUUGAAACAAUGUCUUCCUUUAACCUUUUGCAUUCACACUGGCCUGAGUCAAUACAUGGCACUAGAGAGUGUGGAGGGUCGUAAUAAAUAUGAGAUCUUCUACCAAUGUCCAGUAAGGAAGAAAUGUUUGUUUAUAAAUCUUAAUUAUAAGAGUACCUGCUCUUGUAAAACUUUCCCUCUUUGGCAUCUAGGUACUUCUUAUUUGGAGUGGUUCACAUCUUAUGUAAACAAUGUCGUAACAGGCGGCUAUCCCAUCAUCAGGGACCAGAUUUUCAGGUAUGUUCAUGAUAAGGAGUGUGUGGCCACAACAGGAGAUAUUACUGUUUCAGUCUCCACAUCUUUUCUACCUGAACUCAGUUCUGUACAUCCACCUCAUUACUUCUUCACUUACAGAAUCAGAAUUGAGAUGUCCAAAGAUGCUCUUCCUGAAAAGGCUUGUCAGUUGGACAGUCGGUACUGGAGAAUAACCAAUGCCAAAGGUGACGUAGAAGAAGUUCAGGGUCCUGGAGUCGUUGGAGAAUUUCCAAUAAUCAGCCCAGGUCGAGUUUACGAAUAUACCAGCUGUACUACCUUCUCCACUAAUUCAGGAUACAUGGAAGGAUACUAUACCUUCCAUUGUCUCUACUAUAAGGACAAGUUCUUUAACGUCAUAAUUCCCAGAUUUCAUAUGGUGUGCCCAACAUUCAAGGUGUCUACAGCACGCAUGGUAAGCUGA